AUGUGUUACAUCGGAGACCAAGUUGGUCUUCAUAGCAUAUUUGCUUACCUGCCAGUCAGGAGUCAUACCGAUAUCCUACCGCGUGGAAAUCUUGGCGACCCAGUCAAAAGGUACGAGGGUAUCGAGAAAGCUCAAAUUCCCAGUGAGCUAUACAAGCCAAGGAACAGCUAUGAAGGCAGGCUAAAAGCCUGCCACAACCACAUCGCUCACUUGGUGCGACAGAACAACCUUCUACUGCGCUCGCACGGGGAUCCCGAGCAACUGCAGGAACUAAUGCAGCUGCAGGCUGAGCAGAUCCAGUUCCUCAUCGCCGAAGGAGACUACUAUCUCCACGAGCGAAACUUCUACCGUGACCUUAUUCUUCGCUUCAUUCCGCAGACUGGUUCCUCACCCCUGCCGCAGAGGCAAUCUUCGCCAUACGACUCGGGAACGUCCGUUGUACCGUCUCUGUUGGAGAAUCCUGGUCAUCGGGAUAAAGCAGGUGGUGAGAUGGUUGGUCCUGCCUCCAGGUGA